AUGCUGACGGCGCAGAAGCACGUCUGCUGGGGCUGCGGGUAUCGCGACGACGCGGCGAGCGGCAAAGACUUUCAGCAGUGUCCGCUCUGCAUCGAAUUGCAGCUCGAGCCAGCCCGCUUCUGCAGUAAUGAGUGCUACGCAGCAAACUGGAAGCGCCACAAGGCAUUCCACACCGAGAGAAAAGCAUGGCUGGAGCGCAGCCGCACCUGCUCGACGGCUGAGCAUGCUGCUUCCCAGCCGGCACUCGCAGCUUGCGAGAAGGUGCUCCUGGGCAUGGCGGAAUUGGCGCAGGACACGCUUCCCGAGAAUCAGCACGUCGGCGAUCUGCUGCGUGGGCAGGCGCUGCUUCAGCAGCAGGACUACCGCGGAGCUGCGAAAGCAUGUCGCAAGAGUCUCCGACGGCGAGCCACUGCAGAAGGCCAUUACACGCUGGGCCAAGCGCUGGCCGCAUCCGGCGACUCGAGGAGCGCGAUCACGAGCUUCAUGCAGGCGCAGAGCAUGACCGAGCGCAGCGCUCCCCUGUGGAGCCAGGCGGCCGCGCGCCUGUGGGUGCGGUGGAGCGACAAGGGAGGGCGCGCCGAGGAGGCGCUGCCCACGCCCGAGUGGAUGAAAUCACCGGCCGAGCGGCUACGAGUCGCCGAGCAGGCAGUGGAGCAAUGGCCGGACCUCACUCACGCCUGGCAGAUGCUGAGCCAUGAGCUCCUUUCCGCGGAGCACCAAGACGUCAAGCGCUCGCUUGCAUGCCUCAAGCGAGCGGCGGCAGUGACGGGCAGCGCACACGCGCGCCAGCUGCUCGAGGAGCGGCAUGCAUGUUUGGAGGCGAAGGCCUCUGCAGCAUGGCGAGCGGCGAGCGGAGACGACGACGUGCGCGAGUGCCUGCGGCGUAUGGAGAGCGUCGGCUUCGAGGGCCGUGAGUGGUGCGCCAUGGCGCUCACCGUCCACGAUGCCUACUACCCGCCGAAGAAUGCGAGCUGUCGGAAGCCGCGGUGGAUGGACGAUCUGGACGCGCGUCGUAACGUCGCGCUAAAGGUGGUCCGGCACUACCCCGAGUCGCCGCGCGCCUGGUGGAUGCUUGGUGUCGCCAUGCUGAAGGCACGCGACGAGGCGAAGCGAGUUGCUUGCUGCUUCGAGCGCGCCGCGCAGCACUCGCUGAACGACGCCAACACGUCGGUGUAUCGGCAGCUCGCCGCUGCGCUCAAGGAGGGUGGCCAUGUGCCUGGCGAGCAAUACCCAUAA